CUUUAAUUGCUUUGGCCGUUUAGUUUCCCUAGGGAAAUUAAUUACGGAGUAUUUGUAUGUUGCAAGGCUUUUAGUUUCCCUAUUAAAUACGAUGACACUCAAAGUACUAGAACGCUCUUCUGAACAUUUCUUCUACACUCCUCUGAAUGUACGCUUCAGAACCGCAGAAGAUGGCCGCCGACGUUCCUCCACCUCCACCCAGCUCAAGCUCAGCCCCCGACGUCAUCAUGGAGGAGCUGCUCCCAACGGGCAAUUCAUUGUACGUUCACCCGCAUUCGUCUCGCCACCGCAGCGGAUGUCCACACAUACACAAGCUCACCCACAAGAUGGCCGUCUUCGAGCGUCUCACACUCUCACCCACCUCUCCUCUACCAUCGAGGUGUGUCUCUCCUCCACCCCCUUCCCUUCCUUUAAUCCUCCGCCGCCGUUCACCUCUUUCACCGUCUUCAUCCUCGAAAUAUCACCUUAUUGCGCGCUUUGUUGGGCAACAAGACAAAUUAAAAGCUUUGAUUCUUUUCCAGUAUUUCAUAGCUUCUAGCUUCUGCCCAACCAACAAGGAGCUAAGAAUGAUGAUCAGGUAAACAAAUUGUUUAAUGUAAUGGUUCAUUUAAAUAGGUGUUUGAUAACAUUUGGUUUGUUUAUGAAGCAUUGGUUUAGCUUCAACAUUAUAUUGGGUCGUUGAACUUUCUGCAUCUUUUGCUCAAGGUGUGAAGUUUUUGUUUAAUUAUGGGUUUGUGAUUUUGGUUACUAUUUAUUAUAUUGAUAUUUAUUAUAUUGAUAGAGAGCAUCAUCUAUUUAAUGUCAUUUUCCACUAGAUAGUGUGAAGCGGUAAUGAAUUGGAGCUUGGAUGUUUUAGUUUUAUACGGAGUAUCUAUAAUACAAACUAAUUAUGAAUUCUAUAUAUGCUGCAUACGUGUUAAGACUCGGGGUUUCAUCUAAAAGGUCAACCUGAUAGAAGGAGUAGCCCAAAUCCUUAUAUAGUGUUUUAUUGUCUUAUAGCUUUCCGGUGUGGGACAAAUAUUUCAACACGCCCCCUCAGCCCGAACCGGGCUAGACAAUAUUGGGGUGUAUAAGUGAGCCAAACAGACCCUUAACAAGCUACCUUUAAUCAUUGGUGCUAAACAAGCAGUCAAACCACAACCGGACUUGGCUCUGAUACCAUGCUAAGAUUUGGGGUUCCAUCCUAAAAGAUCAACCUGAUAGGAGGAGUAGCCCAAAUCCUUAUAGUGUUUUAUUGUUUUAUAGCUAUCCGGUGUGGGACGUACAAAUAUUUCAACAAUACGAUGUCUUUCUGAAACUGGUUAUUCAGAGAUAUUGAAGAGACUUAUAUCACUAUUGGUGCAAUUAAAUGUUUUAGAUAAUGUUUUUAUUUUUGUACUUCAGAAAAGUCUGAAAUGUUAUGUUUGUGUAAUAUAAUGGAUAUGUAGUACUGUAGUAUUUUGUAAUUUUAAAGUUGUAAUUUUAAACCAUCGGCGCGGGUUACUUAGAAUUUUAAGUUACUUGUGAAGUUGGAAAACAUUGCUACUCACAAAUGUUUAAAGUUAAAAAAAUUGCUUAUGAAGUUAAAAAACAUUACUACUCACAAAUGUUUAAUGUCAUGUUUAAUAACAAAUGUUGCCAUCAAUUCAUAAUAGUUGUGUUGGAAUUGAGAGUAUGACGGGAAGAUGAUGCAAUAGUGUUUUAGAAUAGAGGAUAAAUCCCCCCAAAAAGUUGUAAUAGUGUAUUAUUUUCAAAGUUAUUGAAGGUUUGAUAGGAAUAUUUAGAAAUGAGAGGAAAAAGGUUACGACUAAAAAAGAAAGUGAGAAAAUAUGAAUAUUAUGACCGAAAAAGAAAGUGAGAAAAUAUGAAUAUUAUGACCGAAAAAGAAAGUGAGAAGAUAUAAGAAAGUGAGAAGAUAUAAAUGUUACAGAGGAAGUAAUGGAUAAAUACAUUUAUUCAUCACCUUUCUUCAAUAAGAGAGCAAAUACAAACUAUUGAUUUUUUCAAAAAUAAAAAAACAUCCAUGAUAUAACAAUUAUAAGUGCCAUUUAAGAACCAAGAUUUAAAUGUUUCGUAAUAUACUUGAUGAAUUUAUGGUUUUACUUUUAUGUACAAAUCUGAACAUUACUUUAAAUCUUUUUUUUAGUUUAUUGUUUAAAAGAUAUUAAUUUUAAGGAAAUUUUGAGUUUCUCUUAAAUUCAUACUAAAAAUAGGAAACCUUUUAUAACUUCAUGUUGUGCAUGGAUUGUAGUAGCAAAAUAAACAAUCUUUAGAAAGCCAUUAAUUUGUUGUUGUAAUCCUUAUUUUCUUAGAGCUGCGGGCUGUGGAUCAAUUGAUGUUAAUAAUCAUUAAUUAAUGCUUUCUUUUGAUUCAAAAUUUUGUAGCUUUUAGAACGACGAGAUAGAGAAGUGGGCGAAAUAAAUGCAGCUAAUAAAUUAUGUAGUGUAGUAAAAAUUGUGAACGGAAUGGGCUCACGUAGUCACGUAUAUUUGUUAAAAUAAUCAAUAGGGUUUUAUUGUGAUCGAUGAACAUUAUUUAUAAGUACGCAUCAAAAAUAAAUUGUGGAAGUGUUGUUUUUAAAUGGUUGAAUGACAACAAAUGUCCGUUUUUAAAGAAGUGUUUCGAAAUUGUAAACAUUUAUAUAUUUUAUUUUAUCAUUCACUAUGAAAUUAGUACUUCAUUCGUCUCGCAAAAUAGUUCUCAGUUUCCUUUUUGGGUCAUUCCAAAAAAUAUUUCCUAUUUCCUUUUUUGGAAAAUUUUUUGUGUCUACCAUUCAUUUACUUUUUUCUUACUCAACCACAAUCAUACAUUUUCACUUUAUUCCCAUUUUCUUAAACAUUGAUCCAAGUCAAUGCAGGAACUAUUUUAUGGAACGGAGAAAGUAAUAUGUAUUUCAUACUUUAUUAUAAUAUGGUUGGUUUUAGUUAACCUGAUAAAUCAUACUUUGUAUUACAUCUAAUAAACUACAACAAAUGUACUAUAUGACAAUUUAUUAUCCUACAUAAAAAUUAUUCGAUUCAUAUAUAUUUUUCAAAAAUUUAUUUUUAAAGAUGAGAUAUUAUUUCCCGUGCAUCGCACGGGUAAUAUACUAGUUUUAAUAAUGGACGAUAAUAUGUUGAGACACAUAUUUUGAGUAUGUCUCUAGUAGCACCGAUUUUGUAUAUCUUGGUAGUUUAUAAUAAUUUGUUAUGUUAAGUCAUUGAGACACAUGCACGAUAAUAUUUGAUAUCGUACUGUUACCGAACCGAAAUUUUAGUAUUCAGUACAGUAACGGUACAUAAAUUUACCGAAAGUUUCGGUACAACAAAUGUAUGGGAGAAAAUAUUCGGUAUGCCGAAUCACCCCUAAUCUCAUUUGGACUAAUACAUUUAUAAUAUAGCCCUGAGAAAUAUGCUGAUAGUUUUUCACAAAUGUAUUUAUUGCGAGAUUUAUUCAUCAUGACAAAUAAGUAUUCCUUUUGAUUUUGGGAAAAUUGUCAAUUGAGUCCUUUUACUAUUUUUCGAGUCAAUCAAGUCCACCAAGUUCAAAAAAUUAACCAAAUCUGUUGUUUAACCGGUAAGCAGACGGUAACCCAUAUACCUCCUAAUGUGGAAGCCCACGUGGCAAAACUUUUAAUUUUUCCUUCUUUCCCCCUUUUCCCCCUCUUUUCUUUUCUUUUCUUUUUCUUUGCUUCUUUCUCUGCUGAACAGGUGAACCAUCUUCUUUCUUGCAGACAUCUUCUUCCCAGUUUGCUUCAUACCAGUACAUUUCGUCCCUCCUCUUUUUCUUUUUUCUUUCCUUCCGGUUCACUAUCCUUCUCCUCCUGAUUUUCUACCUUAUCCCAAUUUCUUUAUUUUCCAAUUUCUUUUUCAUUCUUAUCUUCCAUUCUUCCCGAUUCUCUUUCUUGGAUGGCUGUCGGCGGUUGAGAAGCUGUGGCAUCCGUUGGGAAGGACGUCACUUGGCGGCGGCUGGUCAAACUUUGGUUGUGGAAGAUCGAUGCCAGAUUGGAGAAGUAUGGCCAUCAAGGAGUCCACCAAUGGUGGUUGGGAAAGUUUUGAGCGACCGAUGCCGCGCGGCGGCUGAAAGGUUCUGGGUGACGAUGAAACAAUGGCGGCGGAUGAGAAGAGUUGGUUGCCAGCAGUUUAUGGUGGAAAGAAAUAGAACAAAGAAAAAAAGUAAGAAAGAAAUAAAAAAGAAUGAAAGAAAAAACGUAGGGGAGAUUAGGGAAGAAGAAGAGGUGGUCUAUGAGAGAAUCAGAGAAGAAAGAGGAAAGCAAAAAAGAAAAGAAAUGGAAAAACUAAAAAUAUUGCCACAUGGGCUUCCACAUCAGAAGCUACUGGGAGUUACUGGCUGCUUACCGCUCAAAUGACGAAAUUGGUUAUUUUUUCCAACUUGAUGGACUUAAUUGACUUCAAAAAUAGUAGGACUCAGU